AGAAGAGACAGCUAGCUGCCUCUGCGUCUGCGUACUAACAUUCGGAUACCGUUAUUGUCCUUUGGGUGGGGCCGCUGUCAUCGAUCCUACCCGACAAGCCCGUGUUGCCAUGUGCCGGUCGUGAACGGGACCCACAACCGCCGAAUCAACGGAGCACGAGAGCCAAGUGGAGAGGGUUUACACGGACCACCUCGCUUAAUCCAGUUGACCACUGACCACCACCGGAUUAUCGAAGCCCCGCCCCUCCUUUUGACCGCCCAGAGACACAAGUGUAGGGUUCGAAAAACCUACGCCUCACAGAAAAUUUCCAGCCCGAUCGCUCUGUACUCCACGUCCCGUUGUUGAAUCUGAGUAUCUCGACUUCGACCUUCACACCCACCGACCAGAUACCCCCAUAGACUAAUCGGCAGUCAGACAAAAUGGGCAAGGGACUCAAGAAGCACCAGAAGCGCCUUAGCGCGCCUUCGCACUGGCUCCUGGACAAGCUGUCCGGAACCUACGCUCCCCGCCCCUCGGCCGGUCCUCACAAGCUCCGCGACUGCUUGCCGUUGAUCGUCUUCCUCCGCAACCGCCUCAAGUACGCCCUCAACUUCCGCGAGACCCGCUCCAUCCUCAUGCAGCGCCUCAUCAAGGUCGACGGCAAGGUCCGCACCGACAUGACCUACCCCGCCGGCUUCAUGGACGUCAUCACCAUCGACAAGACUGGCGAGAACUUCCGUCUUAUCUACGACACCAAGGGCCGCUUCACCGUCCACCGCAUCCAGGCCGAGGAGGCCGAGUACAAGCUCGGCAAGGUCAAGCGCGUUCAGCUUGGCCGCGGUGGAAUCCCAUUCUUGGUCACGCACGAUGCGAGAACCAUCCGCUACCCCGACCCCCUCGUCAAGGUCAACGACACCGUCAAGAUCAACCUCGCCACCGGCAAGAUUGAGGACUUCAUCAAGUUCGACACCGGCUCCAUCGCCAUGGUCACCGGCGGUCGCAACAUGGGUCGUGUCGGUGUCAUCACCCACCGUGAGCGCCACGACGGAGGUUUCAACAUCGUCCACAUCAAGGACGCCAUUGACAACACCUUCGCCACCCGUGAGUCCAACGUCUUCGUCAUCGGCUCCGAGAAGCCCUGGAUCUCCCUGCCCAAGGGCAAGGGUGUCAAGCUCACCAUCGCCGAGGAGCGUGACCGCCGUCGCGCCAACAACCUCGCCGGCAACUAAGCGAUCAUUCUUCCUCUUCUCCUACGAAAUGAUGAAGGUUGCGCGUGAGUCUGCUGCGUGUGUUGCUGCAGUGUCGGGGUUGUUGUUCCGGAAGGUGACGCCUCCGCUGCAUUGCUACACACUUUCGUGAAUGUCUCUCGGGAUGGACACGGGUUAUUUGGGUCGGGCAAAUGGGAUUGAGCAUGAUCAAACAAAAAUUACGGAGUCUAGGGCUGAUUUUAGAGUUGUCGGCUUUGACUACCCGGCAGAUAGCUGCGGCCAAUACCAAGCCAUUGAAGGUCACUCUUCCGCCCAAUCUUGAGUUCCCAUAUGCUUCGCUUGUGAUAUCGUCCUGUGAAAGCCACCGUAUCCCCACUUCGCUGUUAGGACACCUCGACGUCAUCAUAUGUUGUGAUACAAUGUCAUGUUAUUGCCGCCCACGAUACUUUCCAUCUGCUCCAUAAAA